CGCGUAGGCGGCUCACUUCCGGUUUAUUCUCUCCUUAGGAAAUGGCCGCUGUUGGCCUCGUCGCUUCCAGGGCUUAAGGGCGAGCGCGGAGGCCGCUGUUUCCUGAGGGGCCGCCAUGGGUCGGGAGUCCAGAUCAACAAAGCAACAGUUGUCCAAACAAAAACAGCAUUAUCGAAAGCGCUCCUCUUCACGGGGGCGCUCUGGUAGUCGUUCACGGAGUCGUUCUCCAUCUGACAAAAGAGUGAAACGUGGAGAUGAUAGACGUUCUAGAAGUAGGGAAAGAGAUCGCAGGCGUGAGAGGUCACGAAGCAGGGAUAAAAGGAGAUCCCGAUCUCGUGACAGAAAGCGUGUAAGGCGCUCAAGAAGUAGAGAGAGGGAACGGAGCAGAGAGAGGCGACGCUCACGUAGUCGAGAGAGAAGAAGAUCUAGAAGCCGAAGCCGAGGGAGACGGUCUCGAUCUUCCAGCCCUGGCAAGAACAAGAAAGUGGAAGACAGAUCACGCUCUAAAGAAAAGGUAGAAGGUGUGGAAGUUAACAAAGAAAAGAAAAAAGAGAAAGAGGACAAGGAAGAAGAAAAGGAUAAAGAUGUAAACAAUUUUGAUCAGAACAAGCUAGAAGAGGAAAUGAGAAAACGAAAAGAAAGAGUAGAGAAGUGGAGAGAAGAACAACGCAAGAAAGCUAUGGAAAACAUAGGAGAACUGAAGAAAGAAAUUGAAGAGAUGAAACAGGGGAAGAAGUGGAGCUUAGAAGAUGAUGAUGAUGAUGAUGAAGAAACUGCAGAAGGGGAAAAGGAAGGUAAUGAGAUUGAAGAUGAAGAGUUAGAUCCAUUAGAUGCAUAUAUGGAAGAAGUAAAAGAAGAGGUCAAGAAAUUUAAUAUGCGAAGUGUCAAAGGUGGAGGUGGAAGUGAAAAGAAAUCUGGCCCAACAGUUACUAAAGUAGUAACUGUGGUGAAAACCAAAAAAGCAUCUCCAGAAACAGAAAAGAAAAAAGGAGAACUCAUGGUGAAUGAUCAAGAUGCAAUGGAGUAUUCCUCUGAAGAGGAAGAAGUUGAUCUUCAGACUGCAUUGACUGGUUAUCAGACCAAACAUAGGAAAUUGCUGGAACCAGUGGAUCAUGGAAAGAUUGAAUAUGAGACAUACAGGAAAAACUUCUAUGUUGAAGUUCCAGAGCUAGCUAAAAUGACCCAAGAAGAGGUGAAUGCAUAUCGGUUGGAAAUGGAAGGGAUUACUGUCAAGGGUAAAGGAUGUCCCAAGCCAAUCAAAACUUGGGUGCAAUGUGGUAUUUCUAUGAAAAUCCUGAAUUCCCUGAAAAAGCAUGGGUAUGAAAAGCCCACUCCUAUCCAAGCCCAAGCUAUACCUGCAAUUAUGAGUGGACGUGAUUUAAUUGGCAUCGCUAAAACUGGAAGUGGAAAGACUAUUGCUUUUUUGUUGCCCAUGUUCAGACACAUUAUGGACCAGAGACCAUUAGAAGAAGGGGAAGGUCCAAUAGCGGUCAUUAUGACUCCUACUCGAGAACUGGCGUUACAGAUUACAAAGGAGUGUAAGAAGUUCUCAAAGACUCUUGGAGUUAGAGUGGUGUGUGUAUAUGGAGGAACGGGAAUAAGUGAACAGAUUGCUGAACUGAAAAGGGGUGCUGAAGUAAUCGUUUGCACACCUGGCCGUAUGAUUGAUAUGUUAGCAGCCAAUAAUGGUCGGGUGACAAAUCUUCGGAGAGUAACGUAUGUUGUUCUUGAUGAAGCUGAUAGAAUGUUUGAUAUGGGCUUUGAGCCUCAGGUUAUGCGCAUUGUAGACAAUGUAAGACCUGAUCGCCAGACUGUUAUGUUCUCUGCUACCUUCCCUAGAGCCAUGGAGGCUUUGGCUCGUCGAAUACUAAGUAAGCCAAUUGAGGUCCAGGUUGGUGGUAGGAGUGUCGUCUGUUCUGAUGUGGAGCAGAAUGUGAUUGUGAUAGAGGAAGAGAACAAAUUCUUGAAGCUACUUGAAUUACUAGGACACUUUCAAGAAAAGGGAUCUGUCAUCAUCUUUGUAGAUAAACAAGAACAUGCUGAUGGAUUGCUGAAAGAUUUAAUGAGAGCUUCUUAUCCUUGCCUGUCACUUCAUGGAGGCAUCGACCAGUAUGACAGAGACAGUAUAAUCAAUGAUUUUAAGAGUGGAGUAUGCAAACUUCUUGUGGCCACAUCUGUAGCAGCCCGAGGUCUUGAUGUAAAACAUCUUACGCUUGUAAUCAACUACAGCUGUCCCAAUCAUUAUGAGGAUUAUGUGCACAGGGCAGGCAGAACUGGACGAGCAGGAAACAAAGGGUACGCAUAUACUUUCAUAACUGAAGAUCAGGUACGCUAUGCUGGAGACAUAAUCAAAGCUUUGGAGUUGUCAGGUACUCCAGUUCCUCCUGAGCUGGAGAAGCUGUGGACUGACUUCAAAGAUCAACAGAAGGCUGAAGGGAAGACAAUUAAAAAGAGCAGUGGAUUCUCUGGUAAAGGAUUCAAGUUUGAUGAAACAGAAGAGGCUUUGGCAAAUGAACGAAAGAAACUACAAAAAGCUGCACUUGGCCUGCAGGAUUCAGAUGAUGAAGAUACAGCUGUUGAUAUUGAUGAGCAGAUUGAAAGCAUGUUCAAUUCAAAGAAAAGAGUGAAGGACAUGGCAUCUUCUGGUGGGACAUCUAAUGUUCCUGCCCCAACAGCAGGAAAUGCAGAAAAAUUAGAGAUUGCUAAAAGAUUGGCAUUGAGAAUCAAUGCACAGAGGAAUCUUGGAGCCGAGGCACAAGUAUUGGUCUCUUUUCAAUUUAAGGAUGUGAUGCAGCAAGCUACGAAUGCUAUCCUGAGAGGAGGUACUAUUCAGGCUCCAACUGUAUCAGCCAAGACUAUUGCAGAGCAACUGGCAGAGAAGAUCAAUGCUAAGCUCAAUUAUGUGCCAAUAGAGAAACAAGAGGAGGAGAAACAGGAAGGGGGACAAAAUGAAUCUUUUAAAAGAUAUGAGGAAGAACUGGAGAUCAAUGAUUUCCCACAGACUGCUAGGUGGAAGGUAACAUCAAAGGAAGCACUGCACAGAAUAAGUGAAUAUUCUGAAGCUGCCAUUACAAUCAGAGGAACAUACUUUCCUCCAGGCAAAGAGCCCAAGGAAGGAGAACGAAAAAUUUAUUUGGCCAUUGAGAGUGCCAAUGAAUUGGCUGUACAGAAAGCAAAGGCAGAAAUCACUCGGCUUAUCAAAGAAGAGCUAAUCAGAUUGCAAAAUUCAUACCAACCAACCAACAAAGGAAGAUACAAAGUUUUGUAAAUAUUGAAAGCAAGUCUAUGUGUGAACCCGUGUUCUGUUGAUCUUUACUAUUUACACUGCUUAUAUGUAAAUUAUGUUUUUAAAAUGUCAUGCUGGAUUUUUUUUAUAGAUCAAAACACUUUGCGGGGGAACAUUUUCCACUCAUAGGAGGAGGGAAUGAUUAAACUGUGUCAAUUUGUAUGCUUUCCAUUCUAAACAAUCUUAAUAAAAUGUUCCUGAAAAAACGAAGUGUAGUCAGGGGCCUGAAGUUAUAGUUCUUCCAUGCUCACAUUCUGGAAUAAUGGGGAAAAGUAUGUCAAAACUAAAGAUGUGUUUUCCUCCCUCAAUUGUUAGAAAAAUCUCAUUUUCUCCCAUUCCCAGAAAUCAUUAAAAGAUUUAUGAUCUUCCAACACUAUACAAAUUUUGCAUCAAAAAAUGGAUUCUGGAAAAUUUGAGGAUUUAAAACUCUUAAUGGACUUUGAUGCACAUGGUCAAUAAGAAAAAAUGUAAUGUCUGUAUAUUUUCCUGCAAAAUGAGAAAUCAGAGUUGUUUUUCUAUAAAUGACUGAUUUUAGGAGUCAGCCAAAAAUAAAAGUUAUUUAAUGAGAGAAAAAGUGCACUUCCAUAACAUGAGAAAUCUUUUUCAUCAGGGAAAUACAGAACUAGUCAAGCAGAUAGUCUAUAUGUGUGGUGUGUGUUUAAAUAUACCACUACUAGCAGGCUUUCUUUGUGAGAUUACAAGUAAAUAAUAAGUUGAUUACCCAUCUCUAGUAGUGGUGGCUACUAUUCACUUGGAACAUAGUAGUCUAGUUGACCAUUUCUGUUCCUGAUAUGCUGGCUCACUAUUUGAUCUCAGACUGCAGCAUAACUCUCCACAACUCACACUUCUGAUUGGUAUCCACACAAAAAUUCAAGGGAUAUUUUUCCCCAAAAUGCUGUAAUUCUGUUUUUAAUAUAUUCCAGUGCUGGUGUUUUGUAUAUGCAAACAUUGGCAAUAAUUGGAGAAGAAAAUUCCUUUUUGGAAAUUUUUUAUAGAAUGCUCAAUGCUGUGGGGCAAAAUUCCAUUUUAAAUGCAUACCUUGUGUAUUGAGUUAAAUAAAUUGGGUUUUACGUGUAAUACAUUUAUAAAGCAUUUCUCUGAAAAAGGGAGCCCUCAUAGUGGAAAAACUAUUCCCCUUCAUCUCUGAUAGGCUGGUGCUAGCCAGGAAAAGAAUAAGAAGCACCUUUUUACCUACCUACCUCCAUCUACCCAUUCCCCUGUUACCAGUCCUUCUCUUUUUCUUCUCUUUCUUUUCCCCUCCUGUUGGUUUCAGUAAGAAAGUAAGUAUAUUAGUACCAGGGAUGGUGUAUUUUCCCCCAAAUCAGGAAGUGAGAAUUAUUUGUACUAGACAGAUUCAGAGUCUCAAUCAGUCCAUCCCUAACACAUUCUUAUUUGUUUUUUGCCCUUAUUAUCUAUGGGGCAGACACAGCAGUGCAAUGUGACAACAUUAUUUAUAUUAUAUAUUCUGGGAUAAUUUUUGUCUAUUAAAAAUGCCAUCUUGCCAUGUGGUGUGACCAUAGCUGGUUUUUAAAGUUUAAAUUGAUUUCAAAGUGAUGUAAUCAUUCAUUCAAGGAGUGGGAGAAUGGGACAGCAGCAAAAUUUUGUUUGAAAAACUUUGUGUUUGCAACUGAUUGGAGCAGGUAUGAUGAUGGAGAUGUUUCAUUGUAUAAAAACUGAAAUCUUACCGUGUCUGUAACUUUUAGAAUUAACACAGGACUUUGUAAAGAACAAUUUCAUGAUAUAAGUGUUUUCUAACUUCCUCAUAAAAUAAAAAGUCAUUGUGUAUUCCUUUUCUGAAAACA